GCCGUGAAAGUCUCAAAUCUUACAGGAUGACAAUAGUUUAUUUCAUAUCUAACAGAAAUAUAUUGUCUUAAUAGUACACAACAGAAUUCCAAAUGAGCUCAAUCAUACUGAACUAACGUUUUUGAGGGUGGGAACGUGUUUGUGAACCAUCCUGUGAUUCACGACCGCAAUAUAAGGCCAACUUGUGAAUGGAGGCGCCCCAGUAGCCGGCAAGUGUCACGAGCAAGUAGCACAGGGACACGUCUUUAUUUCUAUCCAGCCCAGCCUCACGAAGCAAGACGCUGUAUAACACAGGUCACCAUGUCAGAGCCAGUUGCUGUCAUCACCUCACAGAACACAACAUUGGUAAUUGGAAUGGCUGCGGUACUGCUGACUGUUGCUGUCGCUUGGUGGCACCAGAGGAUACAAGGAAGGAAAAAAAUCCCUACCAAAUGGCGGCAAGUUGGUGAGGUCAGUGAGAUGACCAUCUACCCGCUGAAAUCUGGUAGGGGAGUUGAUUUGAAAGAGGCGUUCUGCACUGACCUUGGAUUGCGAACAAUUGGGGAUGAGACCACGCAGCUCCUGGACAGAACAUUUCUGGUGUUUGGUUCUGAUGACCGGACAUAUAUGACUGCAGCAAGAUUCCCCAAGAUGUUGCUCAUCACAAUUACCGCUGGAUCUGACGGAAUUGUCACAUUCCGGGCCCCGGAUAUGCCACCACUGCCAUAUAGGAUUCCAGACAGCAAUGAGGACUUGACAACAUCCACUUGCAUAGUUUGGUGGAGUGAGGAGGUGCAAACGCUGGAUUGUGGAGAGGAGGCAGCAACUUGGUUCUCAAAGUAUAUACUAGGAAAAGACACAGGAGCAAGACUUGGCUACUAUGCGCAAGAGAAUCCUACUUUUAGGCGUGAUAUCUCGAAGGUGAAAUUGACUGCUUUCCAGCAGCACUAUAAGAAGUUGCGUGACCACGAUGUGGGAGCGUAUACAUACUUGUCAGGCUUCAUGCUUUUGAGUGAGUCCACCAUGGAUGAUCUAAGGUCAAGAUUACCUGAACGGUUGAGAGAUCUAAGCCAUAAGCGCUUCCGGGGCAAUUUCAUUGCCCGAGGCACCAUUCCUUAUGAGGAGGACAAGUGGGACUGGGUCAAGGUGGGCGAGCAAGCCAUCUUCAGGACUGUCAAACCCUGUACAAGGUGCAUUAUCAUAAAUGUGGAUCCUGAAAUGGCAGUGAGGGACCCUGAGUUUGAGCCACUACGCACGCUGAGAUCCUAUCGCCUGGUUAAAACUCCUGGAGCAAGAGACGUGGAAGGAGUAGACCCUAUAAUGGGAGUAUACCUGGGUCUUCACUUUCCUGGUGUGGUGAAAGAAGGAGAUCCAAUUUAUGUUGGAUGUGAAUAACAGGGUAGGGAUGUGACAUACAAAGAGAAAAUGUGUAGCUGCAUGUUCCAGAUAAAUGUUGCACAAUCACUGUCAACUUUAUUUACUUCUAGGAAAUUAUUUUCAUGCAGUGAGAGAAUCAUAGGUUUCUGUAAAAGUAAUUAUAAAAUUAAUUGUAACAGAUAAAAUGAAUAAUCCUUCACACAGAAAUUGCAUAACAGCGUCUCCAUAAAUGGACGUCUCCAUCACAGUACAAAAUAAUAAUUAACAAAAUCACUUCAUUCAUUCUUCAUCUUACAAAUAAGAUGCUGGAAUAUGGAUAUAAUAAGUCAACAGCUCUCCACUGUUUGACCUCUGUCUUAACAAUAUAAAUAUAAUUAAAUAUUUUACUUGUUUUCUCUGUAGUAAAAUUUAUUAGCAACGAAUAUGUAAAAUACAGACUGUACUUGAAAUAUAAGUUCAUAUGUACUUCAUUAUUUAAACAUUUUGGGGAUUAAUGCUCUUAUUUUCAAAUUUGUAUUGAAUCAUGCUGAAUUAUCUCUCCGUUCAAUAAAGUGGAAUAAUCUAUGGAGAUGCUGAGACUAUGGCACCAGCAUCUUGAAAGCAAUUUCUUCUAGGCAGCUCAUACCUCAGCAUUUGCUAGGCAAUUACAUUUUAUGGACCACUUCACAAGUUAAGUUUGUGUUGACGGGAGAUGAACCAGAAUAGUAGCUCCCUGUGAUUAUAAAUAAAAUAAUAACAUGAAAGAGUGCAAGUGAAUCACAAACAAUUGAAUUAUCUGUCAAGUGUGUGUAAAUUUAAUUUAAAUUUAAAUAAAAUUUAAACCCAAGCUCCAAUAUGAAAAGAACAUCAAGGGAAUCUAGUACUGAACACAAGGUACCGUUUAUGAUAUGUCAUCAGAAUAUUAGAUCAUUGAAUGGUAAAAUGGAUGAGUUACUGGCAUAUUGGUUAAAUGAAUCCCCGCACAUCUUAUGUCUUACUGAGCAUCAUCUGCGCAAGCAAGAAAUUAGUAAACUAUGUAGUAGUCCUUAUUCCUUAGCAGCCAGUUAUUGUAGAAGCAAAUAUAAGCACGGAGGAGUAUGUAUAUACGUACACUCUUCACUAUCAUUUGUAAGCAUUGAUUUAGAAAAAUAUUGUAAAGAACAGGAUCUUGAGGUAUGUGCUAUUAAGUUACGUCUAGCGUCGGUUACAUACUGUAUAAUAUCAAUAUAUAGAUCCCCAGUUGGCAAACUUCCUUAUUUCAUAAGUACUUUAGACCUUGUACUAAAUAAGCUUUACUCCAUUUCUACUAAUAUAAUCCUUUGUGGCGAUGUUAACAUAAAUUACCUUUGUGAGAGUAAUAAUAGAACUCAGCUUGACUCUCUUUUGGCUUCAUACAAUCUGUUUAAUAUAGUUAAUUUCCCCACAAGGAUUGAUAAUAAGUCUUCUACUGCUAUUGAUGGUAUAUUCAUUGAUAAAUAUAAAUUUUUUAACUAUGUUAUCAUGCCAGGAGUAAAUGGCCUAUCUGACCACGAUGCACAAGUACUGGUAUUAAAUAACUCAAAAGUCCACAAUUCUAAAUUUUGUAGGUAUAAUAAGCGACAGAUAAAUAAAACUAAUAUUGAGAAUUUUAAACUUAAUUUAAGUUUUGAAACCUGGGAAGAAAUUUUUUCAAAUGAAGAUGUAGAUAAAAUAUUUAAUGCUUUUCUUAACAUUUAUUUGAGAAAUUUUAAUAAUUGUUUUCCUAUCAAAAAAUUAUUUAGUAAAUACAAUAAUAAGGCAUGGUUAACAGCUGGUAUUAGAAUUUCAUGCCAACAUAAAAGAAAUCUUUAUAUCUUAAGCAGGAACUCAAAUAAUCCUAUACUUUAUGCCUACUAUAAAAAAUAUUGUGGAAUACUGAGGGAAGUUAUAAAAACUGCAAAAAAAAUGCAUUAUAAUAGACUGAUUGCCAAAUCUAAUAAUAAAACUAAGACUAUGUGGAGUAUGGUAAAUAAUGUAACUGGCAAAUGUAAAAAUAUUCGUGAUCCCCCACCACUAAUUGUAGAGGGAAUGGAAUGUAAAGAUAGUCAAAGUAUAGCAACAGCUUUCAAUUUAUACUUUGAUGCUACAACAAUUAAGAAGCUAAAUAAUGUUAGUAUUAACUUGGAUCCAAUAUCAAGCAAUGAUAAUUUUCGUCAUUAUUUAUCCUCAUUGCCUUUAGGACCCAGUAAUAAUAUUUUAUAUGAACCUGUAACUUACAAAGAAUUAAGUGAUAUUAUUAAAUCCCUUAAAAAUAAAAGUUCCUAUGGCUAUGAUGAAAUAUCGACGAAGAUAAUAAAAUUAAGUAUGUUAUAUAUUAUGUCCCCUCUUAUUUACAUAUGUAAUAGGUCCUUGGCCACAGGUACAUUUCCCUCAAGGUUAAAAUACUCACAAAUACAUCCGGUACACAAGAAAGGUGAUGCGUCUGAAGUAUCUAAUUAUAGACCAAUUUCUGUGCUUACAUCCUUUUCUAAAAUAUUUGAAAAGGUUAUAUAUAAUAGAGUGUAUGCUCAUGUAGUACUUAAUAAUAUAUUGCCUGCUGAGCAACAUGGAUUUAGGAAACAUCUAUCUACGGAUACUGCUAUUCUUAGUUUACUUAAUAAUAUUAUGCAGGCACUUAAUGACAGAAAACUGGUCGGUGGUAUUUUCUGUGACUUAACAAAGGCCUUUGAUAGUGUGAACCAUGAUAUUUUACUUGAGAAAAUGGAUUUCUAUGGUAUAAGAGGUAUAUUUCAUAAAUUGCUUACCUCAUAUUUAAGUGAUAGAUACCAACGAGUAGUAAUUAAGGAUAAACAAGCUAUACAAUAUUUUUCUGAGUGG